GCGCCGAGAGGUAGUUUUGCAGCGGACCAGUUACGUCGAACAGGUCUGUGAGCAUUUUCUAAUCCUCUGUGCUGAACUGAAGCUCCCAUCUCCUGUAGAAGGUGUGAUUCAGAGACUGCAUCUCACUUCCUCCUGACUCGUCUGUGCCCUGACUCUCUGAGGGACGCUAAUCUUUGGCUGAACAGGCCAGCGUUCACCCCUGGGAGCUCCAGCACACUUUUUCAGUCAGGAGAGAACCCGGCCCCCCCUCCCCCGGUCACCAUGGCAGAUGGUCGGCAGCCCGAGGACAGUGCCCCGCACUGGGGCCCCCCAGGGGCCCAGGACCCGGCGCCCCCUCCCGGCCACAGUGAGAACGGCUACUCCUCCUACCGGGCCUGCCAGCCGGGCGGGGCCAACCCGGUCACCGCCCCCUACUCCGCCGCCAAGGAAAACGGCUUCAACGGGGACCUGUCCGCUGGGCACGCGGUGACCGCAGAGCAAGUGUCUGCGCGUAUAGUGCAGGAGGUGACGGCUGAGGCAGUGGCGGUGCUGAAGGGGGAACAGGAGCCGCGUCAGGAUACUGCUAAGAGGCUUCCGUCAGGAGUCGAGGACUCCGCCAACCUGCCCCCGUCCCCUCCCCCCUCUCCUGCCGCGGAGCACUUUGGACCCCUGGAGCCAGACGUAGAGGGUGAGGAGAAGGCAGUCCCUCUCCGACGCUUCCAAAAUUCUCGGGAGAGGUGCAAGUUCCUCGCCCCCUCCAUCUCGGUGUCUGUGCCUGACGAUGACCCCUCCCACUCUGACGAGGAGUACUAUGAGCACCCCUUAUUCAGCCCAGAGUGGAGUCGGCACGGUUCUCGCCCGUCGGGCCAAGCCGUCCCGUUUAGACAGAUCGAAGAAGAAGAGGCCGUAGAGGCUGUUACAGCGGCUGACGAGGAAGAGGAGAUUCCAGCGGAUGCUGCAGCUCUUGAGAAGCAAGAGCAGCAGAGCAGUGGGGAGGAGUCUGAGCAGGGGCCUCAGGAGGAGCUCUUAGAGCAGGCAGAGGUCUUAGGCGAGGCCCAGGGUCAGCCAUGUCUGCAGGCCGAGACAGCUAGCGCGUACGCAGAGGCCCCCAAUGGAACGGGCCACAAGGCCCUGUUGGAAACGUGCGAUCAGGAAGCCCUGAAGAUGGAGGUCGGGAGGCCAAGCAGUGAGCAGGCCCCUCCCACUAGCCCAGACAUCCUUGGACCGGGUCAGUGGUCCAUCGCCCAAAGCCCCGUGUUCCUCUCGCCGGAUUUGGCUGCGGAAACCGAGGACCAAAAUGCUCCCAGGACCACCGCUGAGAAGCAGCCCUCUGUGGAGGUGCUGGAGACCAGCAGCCUCGUCGCCUCGCCUAGCUACACAGGCCGCCAAACUGAAGGUGAUAUGGGAAUGUAUGGAAAGCCGGCUAUGCCUGGAGGGCCGGGGAGUGAGGAGGUGAAAGUGGCCUGCCAGCCUGCACCCUCGAAUAACAAAGGAAAGGAAGAGAGUGCUGCUGUGGGGGGGCAGAAGCUGCACUCAGACAUUGUUGACCUCUCGGGCACUGUGGACAAAUCCGGAAUGUCCGCUUACUUUGAGACCUCGGCUCUGAAGGAAGACGAAAGGGGGAUCCAGGGUGAGGGUUACUACGAGCUGAGUGACGCCAGAGAGAAGACCUUGGAGAGUGCCCCCCCGUCUGCCGAAAUCGGCUAUAGUACCUUGGCGCAGACACAGUCCCUGGAGGACAAAAUGGAGGCCAAGAAGAGUCCGGCAGAUGAGCUACAUGCUGUCCCGCAAGGGGAGCGAACAGACGACUUCAGGCUCUCACCAGGGAAGCUGUCCCUGGAGCAGAGGAGCUAUUCGCUCAACAUCCAAAUCGGGGCUAUGAGCCAGGGGGGCAUCCAGGGCCGAGGGCCCAGGAACUUCUCCCCACUAGCCACUGACAUUUUGUCCUUCCCCAGCGGGGGCGGUCUGGAGUCCACCGACUACCUUCCAGUCUCAACCCCUUGUGUGGAGAAGCAGCCUAUGUUCCCACCCCCCAUCAUGGAAACCACUGCCUCUGUAACCACCCCGCCUUCUUCGCCGCCUGCGGCGGUGACCAGCCCAAAGACCGGCCCCCAGAUGGAGUCGCCAGAGUCACCUGUGCCUGCAAGGUUCUCCUGCAAGAACGGGGCAGCGAUAGCGCCCGACCUCCCAGAGAUGCUGGACCUGGCUGACGCCCAGUCGAGACGGACAUCUGACAGCACCGACCCGGAGGCCGUGAGGAGGAAGUCUGACGUCCCCACCCUCACUGCAGAGUCCCUGGCCCAGAUGGGCCUGGUCGAUAAGGGCCAAAAGGUUGCAAAGAGGGAGAGCCAGCUGGAUGACCUUGGGUACUGUGUCUUCAAUGAGUACUCUGGCCCAAUGCCCUCACCUGCCGACAUUCAGAGCCCAAUGCAGUCCCCCCACCAAAUGUUUCCCACCAUGUUGUCCGAGGAGGGGUCAGAUGUGGGGCUCAUGGGGUUGCAGGCCCCACAUGUAGGGGUGAAAGGACACGAAGCUGAGCUAGUGGCAAAAGAUGUAAAGGAUUUGAAUCUAAAGGCUGGGGUCACUGGUGACACCAAGGAGCAGACCAUUUCUGGUCAAUUGCUUUCUGAAGACACCCGAUCUCUCCUGCCAGUCACAUCCAGCCCCGAGCCCCUUUCUCCCCCGAAGGUGACUGUCACCCUUGAGGGGACAAAAUCAGAGAAGGAGAUAGAGGAAGAGGAGGAAAUGGCUGCUUAUGAGCGUAAAAUCCACAAGUUGGAGACAGAGAACAGGCCACUGAGUGUGGAGGAGGAGCGUGAGCUGCAGGAGCUGAGGGAGAAGGUGAAGGAAAAGCCGGACCUGGUGCACCAGGAGGCCUACGAGGAGGUGGAUGCAGAGGAUGUGUACCAGCUCACUGGAGUGGCGAAAGAUAGAAUCGCACGUCCAAUCAGACCCUCGCCGGCCUCAUCGGUGGAGAGCACCACAGAAGAAGAGAAGGCUGGCAUUCACGAACCACAGAAGCCCCGGCAGGAAGAUUUGGUCACACCAAAAGUAGGGCCUCCUGCAGUCCGCACCUCUGAAGGGAAACCCCCAGAGGUUGUCAGCAAGCCGGUCACCACGACAGUCCAGGGAGGGUCUACGGAGGAUGAGGAGGACCAUGCGGCACUGGCUGAGGAGCUGGAGAUAGUCAUGGAGGAUAUCAAAGCGCCGGUUGGGAAAGAGCGGGAGAAGCUCACAGGGGAGAAGGAAGAAGGGGCGAGGGCGGCCGCCGAUGAGCCACUGGAACCCCGCGCCGCCAUUGAGUCGGUGGUCACCGUGGAGGACGACUUCAUCACCGUGGUGCAGACCAUCGAUGAGGGGGAGCAGCCGGGACACAGUGUACGCUUCUCAGCUCCGCCUGAGGUGGACCAGUCACAGGUGCCUCGGGAUGAGGAGGAAGAGGAGGAGUCUGUCGAGCUGGCACAGGAAGCAGAGCUGGAGGAAGGCAGUCUGGAGGAGAUCCUGGAUAUACCAGAACCCCCUGUGGCCCCUGUGGCACCCAAAGUCCCAGUCUCACCUGCAAAAGCAUUGGCGCCAGAAAGUGAGCACCGCACGGUGACCUAUGAUGACUACAAAGAUGAGACCACCAUUGAUGACUCCAUCUUAGACACAGACAGCGCCUGGGUGGAUACUCAAGAUGAUGAUAGGAGCAUCAUGACAGAAAAAAUCGAACCCCUCCCAAAAACAAGUCCCGUCAAAAAAAGUCCCGUCAAAAAGCGGCCUACGGAAAAGGAUAAGCGGGUGAAGGAUAAGGUCGUAGGUCGCGCAAAAGCCCGUGUGUCCACUCCCGACCGCCGAUCCACCCGCAAGGAGCCCAGCUCCACCCCUAGGGACGAGAUCAAGAAGAAAAAAGCUGUGAUUAAGAAGUCUGAAUUUACUAAAACCACAGAAAGUCAGGCGCGCUCUCCCAUCCGGAAAAGCGUGUUAAAACCUGCGGCCAGGCAGCCCAGGCCUGCCCAGCUCCAUGGCUGUGCUAAACGGAAACCUACAGGUCCUGAAAGCCGGCAGCCCCUCAGUGUGGCUCGUCAGUCUCGGGACAGAAUCGCAAGCCCCGCCCCCUCCACACAAACAAAGAUCCCCACCUGUAAGGUUCGGGUAGUGCCCCCCCAGUCCCCCCGCCCGAGCUCCGCCUGCUCCCUCCCUAAAUCGAGCCCACUGGUGGAGGCCCGGCCCUCCUCUGCUGGCCCACUCCACUCCCCCACUCAGCACAGUCUCACAGACAAGGAUGGAAGCUCACGGAGCCCUGAGAAGAGGUCCUCCCUGCCCCGCCCUGCCUCCAUCUUGACACGGCGAGCUGACCCUGCGGAGCGUGAUGAGACCUCCACCACCGCCCCCCGCCGGCCCACCUCGUUCCGCACUGAGGGCAGGUCGGGCCGCCGGUCCAGGCGCACCCCGAGUGUGACAGGCACGGAGUCCGCCCGGUCCCGUUCGGCCCGCAGCGGCUCCUCCCCGCCCUACACGUCCGGCUCGGCCCCCAUCACCCCCGGCACCCCGCCCAGCUACUCCUGCCGCACGCCGGGCACCCCCGGCACGCCCCGCUCCCUCAGCCUGCUGUCCCAGGAGAGGAAGGUGGCCGUCAUCCGCACGCCGCCCAAGUCCCCCGCCACCGCGUCCAAGCAGCUGCGCGUGCUCAACCAGCCGCUGCCCGACCUGAAGAACGUCCGGUCCAAGAUCGGCUCCACGGACAACAUGAAGUACCAGCCCAAAGGGGGCCAGAUUCAGAUUUUAAACAAGAAGCUGGACUUCAGUCAUAUACAGGCAAAGUGUGGCUCCAAGGAUAACCUGAAGCACUCUCCCCGUGGUGGCAAUGUUCUUAUCCCAAGUGUAAAGCUGGACUUUAGCCACAUUCAGUCUAAGUGUGGCUCCCUGGACAAAAAGGAGCAUGCGGCAGGCGGAGGAAACGUGCAAAUCCAGACAAAGAAGAUUGACCUGAGUCAUGUGACCUCCAAAUGCGGAUCUUUGGACAACAUCCGCCAUCGACCAGGUGGUGGACAUGUGCGCAUAGAGAGCGUGAAGCUGGAGUUCAAAGAGAAAGCCCAGGCCAAGGUGGGCUCCCUGGAUAACGCCCAGCAUAUCCCCGGGGGCGGGAACGUGCAGAUCGAGAGCGAAAAGCUUCAGUUCCGGGACGCGGCCAGGGCACGCGUGGACCACGGGGCCGAGAUCGUGACGCAGUCGGUCAGCGCUCUGACCCCGACGCACUUCAGCAACAUCUCGUCCUCGGGCAGCAUCGACCUGCUGGAGUCCCCGCAGCUGGCCACGCUGGCCGAGGACGUCACCGCCGCACUGGCCAAGCAGGGCCUGUGAGCGCCCGGUCCAGGCCCCCGCGCCGCCCAGCCACC